AAACGGAUCUUUUGUUUGACAACCAGAGUGUCAAGUUUGUUUUUGAAAACAAAUUUAAACAAAUUGAAUUUAAUAAAUUAUUAAAAAAUUAAAAUUUCUAAUUGCAAUGUCUAGUCAAUCCAGUUGUCCCGAGCAUCUUCAAGCUCAAAUGAUCAUCAUCAUUCAUCCCGGUUCAUUGAAUCUUCGUAUAGGACGAGCUUCAGAUUUCAAUCCCAUACGAAUUAUACAUGCUAUAGCUCGAAAAAAACGUACAAAUGGACAUUCAUAUAGAGACAGACUUCUUCCCCAAGUUACAAAAGAAUCACUUACCGAAUUCGAAGAACAUCGUUUGCAAGUGUCUCACAUCAUUCAGUCAUGUUCACAAUCUGAUGGUCGUCGAAGAUACGCGACGCCACCACAGCAAAUUGCUGCUUUCAAUAGAAGAUCUACUCCUGACAUAGUUGGAAAGGCGGAGACAAAUGUGCCAAGAACAGAAACUAUCAUCGGAGAUGAGAUAAUUAAUAUAAAUAUGGACGAUCCCUACAACAUACAUUUCCCAAUAAAACGUGGAGAACUGAAUCUGCACAGUGAGCUUGGUGGUUCUCUUACCUCUGUUAUGACUGAUUUGCAGGAUAUCUGGGAGCAUGUAUUGAAAACAAAAAUGGGCAUUGAUUUAAGCAUCCUCAAUCAAUACAAAGCAGUUUUAGUUGUUCCUGACAUUUACAACCGGAAUCAUCUCAAAGAGUUAACUUCAUUGCUGCUUGUUCGAAUGGGCUUUGGAAGUUGUUUUCUAAUUCAGGAUCAUGUUGCAGCUACUUUUGGCGCUGGUCUAGGUCAUGCUUGUGUCGUCGAUGUAGGUGAUCAAAAAACAUCAAUAUCUUGUGUUGAAGAUGGUAUUUCUCAGCCAAGCACAAGAGUUAGAUUAGAGUAUGGUGGAGCUCAUGUGACGCAAGUUUUUCACUGUCUUCUAGAUAAGUGCUCGUUUCCCUACAAGGAAUGCAAUGAUAACAAUCUAAAAGAUGUUUUUCUUCUCAAACAACUUAAAGAAAAAUACUGCCAUGUUAAUUUGGACAUUUGUGGAUCUCAGGAGAAAACAUUUGAAGUUUGCCAUGCGGAAAAUAAACUUAAGUAUACAAUUCAAUUAGGCGAUGAGUGUAUUGUUGCACCUUUGAGUUUGUUCCAUACCGAGCUACUAACGAUUACGGGAAAAAGUAAAGCGGCAAAAGUACAAAUUUCGGCAUCUCAUCAGCCUGAUUCAGAAGAUUGUUUUGAUGCCGAAUACAUACGAGAAACAAGUAGAAGAAAUGCCCGCGAACAACUUGAACAAAUUCAAGCUGAUGGUGUUAUUGUACCACCGGACAACCAAGAAGAAGACCUUGUUGUUGAUUCCUUUGAAAAUGAAAGAGAUAACAAAAAUGAUAAGGAUUUUGUUCUGCCAAAUGGUCAAGUUAUUGGUAUUGAUCAAGCUGUUUUACUUAGUAUAGAGCGAUGUCCUAAUGAAGAGAUGAAAAAGAAAAUGUACGGUUGUGUACUUGUUGUCGGAGGGGGAAUGAAGUUCGCAGGCAUUGGUAAAUGGUUGCAAAAUAAAAUGGCUUUAAAUGUUGCAUAUUCUCAUCGAUCUGAACAACUUGAUAUUGUGACAAGCACCAAAGAUAUGGACCCAGCAAUGACCUCUUGGAAAGGGGCUGCAAUAAUGUCGUGUCUGGAGAGUGCUCCUGAAUUAUGGAUAAACCAGCAUGAGUGGCAAAAAUAUGGCCUACGUGUGUUAAGAGAAAAAGCUCCUUUCAUGUGGUGAAAUAAUUUAUAUUAAGCAUUUUCAAAGAGCAUUUGUAUCAUAGGAAUAUCAAACACAUAAGUAAUAAAAUAAAUUAAGAUGAAAAA